GUAGUGUAAAUUUUGUUUCACUAACUGUUUUAUGUUAAUGUUUCAUUUUAAUGUACUAUGAUAGUGUUUAAUGAGAGGGACUAAUACCUAUAUUAACCUAGCUAAUAUUUAAUCAAGCUGUUUUGGGGAAAUUAACGGUAUCAGUAUACGGAUAAAAGCGGAACUGUAGCCGCCAGUUUCACUUUAUGUAGUAUUUUUGCAAAGGACCCGAGAUGAUCAAAGAGGAUCGAAUAGUUCCGUGUGAAGUGUGGAGUGAUUAAAGAAUGUUAUACUUAAACCGCUUUUUUAUUCAGUCCUAAAAUGAUAUAAUGCAGAUGUGUAUUUAACAAUUCAAAGAACGGAUUACACGCAUGUGAGAUGCGACUAGAUUACAAUAAUAAGUCGCUAAGAGAGGUGACCAUGACAUGUGAUGCUGACGAAAUCGCACGGAUUAUGUACGCCAACACUACGCAUAUAUCAAUGUAUUUUGUUAUAACUUUAUCUGCCGUUGCAGUAUUCGUAGGAACCAAGAAGAUCUUUAGCAAAGUACGCAGAGAAAUGGCCCAAAUGACUGUGGUAGUGGUAGGGGCGGGACCUAUUGGUUUGACUUCCGCACUAAUUGCAGUUCAGUGUAAACGUGUUAAGAAAUUAGUGCUAUACGAAGAACAGAGUAAGUCAAAUGUUGAGAGACGGUCCUACCAGAUUGCCAUACAAUCCUCAAAUGUAUCACUUCUCAGGAGCUACGGGAUAGACUUUGACAACUUAGAAGGACUUUGGCACAAUGGAUGUUUUUAUACACGUGUAGGAAUUUACCUUGAAUAUAUCAUACACGUGUUGCCACUUUAUUCCACAGAAGUUGAAAUUAACUUUGGCACUAAGUUUUGCCGUGAGAGUAGUGAUGUUGUCGACAACUUAACGGGUCGUAAAUUGGUCAUCUGUUGCGAUGGUUCUACAGGGCUUGCUUCACGUGCUUUAGGUCUCAGUGACGAAUGUGUCAUGCAUUCCAGUGGAAUAUUUGGAGCUGUAGCUGCAAUAGAACGUAACAAUCAGACAUUAGUGCCAACUCCAGAAAAACGUGUACAUAAUUUAUCUUUCGAUCUCUCAGCGUACGUAUCGUCUGCUUAUGAAGAUGAUGGGCGGACAAACUUUACUUUGAAGAUAUUUGGAAAUUCCAAGUGCAGAUAUUUGGCGUUAGCUGUCAAUAAAUGUGAUUCAAAUGUGGUCAGAGCUUUGAAAACAGUAUUAGAUAAAUCGAUGAUGAGAAAUAUAUUUUUGAAAUGUUUCAACACGUACAAGCGGUCGGACGAAGCAAGUAUCAGCGACUCUUACUGCCUUAACAACAUGAAAUUCAGCCCAAGGAUGUACGAGAUCAAAUUAUCACAAAGGAUUGAGAGUGUAGCUUAUAUCUCAGACUGCGAUCUCUUCAUAAUCACAGAAGGGGAAGCAUCCAGGUCAUAUAACUAUAACACAGGAAUGGAUAUCAAUAUUGGUUUGAAAGGUUUAACUGCGCUCCAGCCAUUCAUAGAAAAGGUGACCUUGGCUGAAACAGAACAUUCCAUCAUGAAAUCCCUUCUAUUCAAAAUGGAACAUUCCGAUAGGAUAUGUACAGAGUUUUUAAAAUUUGGACUGAGAGAGUAUAUGUUUUUGUGAUGCUUGUUUUAUAUAUUUUGUUGUUUUUAAUAAAAUAUCAUGCGCAA